CGCAAGGAUAUUAGCCAUCCAUACCACUCCUUCGCUCGUGCUGGCACGUCAUUCAUUCCAAUAUCUUCAUACAUGGCCGCAAAGAAACGCGUAUUGGACGAUGGCGCGUCCUCUCAAAAGUCAAAAAAGCCCAAGGUUGGGCAGGAAUCUGUCAAUACCGACGAGCCAGCACAAGCUACCUCAAGUCUGACCAUGGACGAAAUCGACUUCCCUAGAGGUGGAGGAACCACGUUGACACCUUUGGAAGUCAAGUCAAUACGUGCAGAGGGCGCCAGGGAAGCAGAUGCUGAGCUAUUCGCGGCUCCAAAAUCUAAAAGGCCAAGGAAAAAGAAUGACAAGGAAAAGAAAUUAGACCCUGCACAGAAACGUGAUGUUGCUCGUGUCGAGCAUCUAAACUACAAGCGCUUGACUCCUGGUAUGAAAAUACUGGGGCGAAUACACUCUGUGAGGCCUCUGGCCUUGAUUGUAUCCCUACCCAAUCAGCUCAUGGCACAUGUUCCUAUCACCCAAGUCACUUCCCAGUUUACCCGGCAUCUUGAAUCAAUGGACGAAAACGAAGAUGAGGAUGAAGAAGAGGAGGAGGGUGCCGAGGCAAAGAACGAAACCCCUGAACUGCAUGAUUUGUUUUACCCCGGACAAUUUGUCCGCGCUGUCGUGACAAACGUAUAUGCACCUGGUGUAUCCGAGGUCUCAGGCCUUGGUCGUGUGCGGGACGACAUAGCCAAAGCCAGCAAAAGGGUAGAACUUAGUCUUGUUCCUGAAGAUGUAAACGCGGGCGUCCAAAAAUCUGAUCUUCAGCUAGGAUUUACUUUGACAGCAGCCGUCAAGAGCGUUGAGGAUCACGGAUAUCUCCUGGAUCUUGGUGUGCCCGACGUAUCGGGCUUCAUGUCUUUCCAAGAUGCACAAAAGGGUCGAUUUGGUGACAAGAAGCUACCGAUAGGUGGUUUAUUGGAUGUAGCCGUCCUAAAAAAGUCAGGCAACGGGCGUACCUGCACGGUAUCAUUGGACGCUCAAUUGUUCGCCACUUCAUCACUUUCGGAAGUCACCAACGUCUCAUCCAUUUUGCCUGGAACUUUGGUGCAGUCACUCAUUACCGCGAUUUCGCCCGAGGGUAUCAACGUCCAGGUGUUGGGCUUCUUCGAUGGAACGGUCGACGACGCUCACCUUCCAUCAGGGACUAAGUUCAAAGUUGGACAGAAGGUCAAGUGCCGAGUUCUAUAUGCUAUUCCUGCAUCUUCUCCGCCGAAACUGGUGUUAGCUCUAUCGGAUCACAUUAUCUCGCUGGUUUCGCAGGACGCGGAAAACGAGCAACUCCAAAGUUCAUAUCCCAUUGGAACAAUCCUGGAUGAUGUCAAAGUCGCCAAAGUGGAGGGUGAGCGGGGCCUAACAGUCGCAGUUCAACCGGGAUUGGCGGGCUUUAUUCAUAUUUCGCAAACCGCCGACGACCGUGUCCCGUCUCUAUCAGCUUCCUCCGGGCCGUGGCGAUGUGGCACUCUGCAUCGUGCAAGAGUGAUCGGGCACCAUAUUUUUGACAGGGUUCUGCAACUUUCCUCGAAACCCUCAGUGCUUGAGCAAAAAUUUGUUCAGGCAGGCGACAUCGCCGUCGGAGAGGUUAUGAAAGGCUCCGUGAAGAAGCUAACCGAAACCGCUCUCUUCAUUUCGAUAUCAGGGAACGCUGACGGUGUCAUAUGGCCAAACCACUAUGCCGAUAUCGCGCUCAAGCAUCCCUCAAAGAGGUUUAAACCUGGAGGUUCGGUCAAAUGCCGUGUAUUGACGGUAGACCCUGAAAGAAAGCGAGUUGUCUUGACUGCCAAAAAGACACUUGUGGACUCCGAGUUACCGAUUAUCAGUUCCUUUGAGGACGCUAAAGUUGGUAUGGUGGUACACGCUGUCGUUUUCAAAGUGUUCGAGAAAGGACUGCAGUUGGAGUUUUUCAAUAAUGUGAAAGCGUUUGUGCCUGUCAGAGAAGCAAGUGAAGGCACCGGCACACUCACAGACGCGUUUCCCGUUGGCAAGGUGGUAAAAGUUCGUAUUAUUAACAUCGACACGGACACAUCACGGAUCGUGGCCAGUGUUCGUCAAGCGGCGUCCAGCUUCAAAGCGACAGCAGGGGAUGUCAGCCAAGUCGAAGUCGGCAAUGAGGUCUCUGGAACUAUCGCUGAGCUUCACAAGCUCAACGCCGUCGUGUCAUUGAAGCCAAUAGACGUACGCGCAUUGGUCUCGCUUAAGAACUUGGCGAGCUCCCGGAAUACGACCGUGGCACAGCUCAAAGGGACUGUUGCCAUUGGGGACGAGGUCCAUGAGCUGGUCAUAGUCUCUCGCAAUUCGGAGAAGGGCUUUGUGAUCGCCGCUUGCAAGCCAAAGUCCAAGACAGCAUCCCACAAGAUUGGUCCUCUAUCCAUGGAAACUGUUGCACCGGGACAAGUCGUCGGUGGUCGGGUGCUUCGCCAAGGUCUCCGUGGAGCUAUUGUCAAGCUUACCCCUAAGAUUUCUGGGUUCCUCCACCCCACAGAUUCCUGUGAUAACUACGAGACUGGUACCCCGUUCCCUCCUAAGGACUCUGUUCUGAAAGCCACUGUUAUCGAGGUAGACAAGGAGAACAACCAACUGGAUCUUUCCAUGCGCCCUUCCAGAUUAUCGGGAGAUGUCUCGUCGGUGGUUGACCGUGAAAUCAAUAGCUUUGAAGAUAUCAAGCGCGGAGAUACGCUCAGAGGGUUUGUUAAGAGUGUCGCAGAUCACGGCCUGUUCGUUAUGCUCGGGCGUCAUGUCGAUGCUCGUGUCCAGAUCAAGGAACUCUUUGAUGAGUAUGUCAAGGACUGGAAACCUCGGUUUAAGGCAAACCAGCUCGUCAAGGGACGCAUAUUGAGUGUGGACCCGGAGAACAAGAAAGUCGAGAUGACGUUCCGGUCUGGCGAUCUAAACCGGAAUGCUACCAAUGGCCUUACACUGAACGACUUACACGAGGGUCAGAAAGUCAAGGGUCGGAUAAAACGGAUUGAAGCCUACGGUCUCUUCAUCGAAGUUGAAGGCUCGAAGAUAAGUGGUCUUUGCCACAAGUCCGAGCUCUCAGACAACAAAGACGCAGACGUUGACGUUGCUCUUCGAACGUUCCGGGAAGGCGAUACCGUACAAGCUAUGAUCAAGUCCAUCGAUGUCUCCAAACGGAAGAUCUCGUUCGGCCUGAAACCAUCAUAUUUCUCCGCAGAGGACGUCGAUGAUGAAUCCGGCGCAUCCGAUGGGGCAGCUGAUUCGCCUGCGCUGGGUGUCGUUGAACAGGAUGAUGAUGAACAGAUGGUAGACCCGGAGGAUGCAGGUCCAGAAGAUUCCGACGGUAAUGAAGAGGAUGGCGCUGGCGAAGAGGAGGACAGCGAGAGUGAAGGUGACCAGAUGGAUAUUGAUCUCGCCCCUCCCUCAAUAUCGCAGAACGUUGGCCGUAAUGCUCAGCCAGUGCCCUCUGCAUCCCUCAAACUCGAUGGAUUCAACUGGUUCAACGGUGCAAACGCCAACGGGGUAGACGACGAGUCGUCCAACUCGGAAGACAGCGACUCGGAUGGUGGCGAGGAAAGAAAGAAGAAGCGGAAGAAGAAACAGGUCAUCCAACAGGAUCUGACCGCGGAGAUGCAUACCAAAGCCCCGGAGUCAAAUGCUGACUUUGAGAGAUUGCUGCUCGGGUCACCGAACUCUUCCUACCUCUGGAUACAGUACAUGUCCUUCCAGCUCAAGCUCUCUGAGGUCGAAAAGGCACGCGAAAUUGCGCGUCGCGCCAUCGAAACCAUCGGCUUCCGCGAAGAGCAGGAGAAGCUCAACGUCUGCAUUGCCUUACUUAACCUCGAGAACACGUACGGCACCGAUGAAAGCCUGGAGAAUGCAUUCAAGGAUGCUGCAAGACGAAAUGACUCCAAGACCGUUCAUCUGCAGCUGGCCUCGAUCUUCGACCAGAGUGAGAAGCACGAGAAAGCCGAAGAGCAGUACAAACGGACAUGCAAGAAGUUUGGCCAGAGCUCCAAGGUCUGGUCCUUGUUCUGCGAGUACUAUCUCAAACGCGGCGAGGUCGAACAGGCACGGAAGCUGCUUCCUCGUAGUCUGCAAAGCCUCGAGAAGCGGAAACACCUCAAGACGAUCUCAAAGUUUGCUCAGCUAGAGUACAAGCUUGGUGAUCCUGAGCGUGGGAAGACGAUCUAUGAGGGUAUCGUAGAUUCGCAUCCGAAGCGCUGGGAUCUCUGGUCGGUGUACAUGGACAUGGAAGCCGGCCAACAGAACAUCCAGUCCCUGCGGAAUAUUUUCGAGCGUGUUCUAACGCACAAAAUGACGAGCCGUAAAGCCAAGUACUUCUUCAAAAAGUGGCUAGACUACGAGCGUCGGUUCGGGGAUGAGGAGGGCGCAGACAAUGUCAAAAGCAAAGCCGUCGAGUGGACUCAGGCAGCAUUAGGCAACUCUGCUGAGUAAGAGCAGAUGAUAUGGAGAAUAUAUACGGUACUUUGCUAAUGACAUGGGGAUCAACAACACUGAAACGAAGAAGUAUAAGAAGAAAAAAGACAUAAGAAAACGAGCUGAUAGAGUACUGAUAAGAAGAAGAGAGAAACGGGGGGACAGCAAGCCCAUAGACAUAACGAGUGUGAGGCAGUUGGCAGUAGAGCAAGAAUGAUGAAGUCAAGAAGGGUAUAAAGUGAUAUAAAAACGGGUUUUCAAUAGACAAGCGAACGACGAAUGUACACCAACCGUAAAAGACGCAAAACAAGAGAUCUAAUUUAAUCAACUAAAUCACGACCGCGACCGCGCGCGCUCGUGGCCGGUUGGAUGUGACUGUGCGUCGAGGUCGCUCAGCGGACGGCGGUUGCUCAUUGAGCUCGCGAGCUGCCUCUGCCACUCGUCCAGCUCACUGGAGAGAUGCGCAAAGUUCUCGGAGCUCGACCGGCUCGGCGGCCGGUCGUAGUUGAGCUGGUCGACCUCGAGGAGCAGAUGGAUCUUGUGCGAAAGCUGCUCGUUCUCCCGCUUCAGGUUCGUGUUUUCGUCGAUGAGCUUCUCCAGGUUCGCAUCCUGCGAGCCGCCGCGGUGGAUCUGGAGCGACUGGUUGAGCUUGUUGACUUCGUGCUCGAGCUCCUCGAUGCGCACGAGCCGGUCGUCGGACUCGCCCUGCGAGAGCACGAGGUUGUCUUUGAGGUGCUCGAGAUCCUUUUCGAGGUCGUCGAUACGCCGGCGGAGGUCUUUGUUCUCGGAGCCCAGCCGUUGUGACUGCCUCUGGGCGUCGACGAGCUGGGUGCGCAGGCGCUCGUCGUCGUCCGACGGCGUAUUACGGCCGUUCACACCACGGAUGCGCGAGCCAGGCUCAGUGCUCGACUUACUGCGGAGCGCGUCGAGCUCCUGCUGCAGAUUCGUGUUCGUCGACUUCUGCUUCGUGAGCUCGUCCUUCAUCCUCCGCAUCAUCUUUUCAGUGCCCUUUACAUAAUGCACUGCUAGCUGAUAAUCUUCUUCCAUCUGCUGCAUGCGGGCCUUGUAGCCCUGCUCCGUCUCCUCCAGCUUGCGCUCGGCCUCUGCCGCACGCUCCAGAGCCUGCGACUGUGCGGGAUCGGGGCUGCGAGCAGCGCGCAGGUGCUCAAGCUGCGUAGACAUCGAGCCAAUCUGCGCGUCCGCAUCGCGAUGCCGGCGCAUGGCCUCCUCAAGCUCGCGCGUCGCGCGCUCAUGCAUACGCGUCCGCUCGUCCAGCUGGCGCUCCAGCUCCGAGACACGUGCAGACGAGACAGCCGCACCCGGCGACGCCCUGGACCCCUCGCCGUCGGCGCUGUGCCCGCUGUCGGCGAAAUAGCUGCGCAGCGCGGCGAGCCGAAUGUUCGCGUCGGCAGCCUCCCUGAGCGCGUCCUGGUGCUCCGUGUCCUUGGCGGAAAAGUCCUUGCGCAGACGGCCGUGGUCCGACGUGGCAGUGGCGAGCUGCGUCCUGAGACCAACGACCUGCGAACGCAGGAAAUGCCGCUCGCCCUCGACCUCGCGCGCCGCGCGCCGCUCCUCGUUCAGCUCGCCCUGCAGCACCUCGAUGCGGCGCGACGAGUCCGCGAUCAUCUUGCGCAGCGCCGCCGCCUCGUUCUCCAUCGCAUCGACCUUCUCCUGAUGCACGCGCGAGAACCGGUCCUCGUCCGCCUUGAGAUCGCGGUGCGAGUCCAGAAGCUCGCCCAGGCGGCCCGUGGUCAGCGCGCGGAACGCGUCCGCCUCCUCACGCGACUUGGCCCACGCGUUCUCCACCUCGGCGAGCCGCACGCGCGCGCUCUCGAUCUCGGCAUUGCGCGUGACGAGCUCGCCCCGGAUGUCCGCGAGGUCCGCCUCGAGCUGACCGACCUGGUCGCGGGCCACCUCGUGCGCGUUCUCGACCUCCUUGGAGCGCUCGCUGGCCGCCUGCAGAGCCGUGCGCGCCUGGUCCAGAGCACGGAUAUGCUGAUCCCGGCUCUGAGUGAGGUCGUGGACCUGGCUCUGGAGAUGGCUGAGCUCGAUCUCGGCCUGCUCUCGCAUAGAGCUCUGCGACAACAAACGGUCCGCGUGGUCCCGAAGAGUAGCCUCCUUGGCGGCGUACUGGCCCUGCAAAUCCACGUGGUCCUGGAUCGUGCGUUCAUGCGACUCCUCGAGCAAGUCCGCGCGUCUAGACGCAUCGUUGGCACGCGCCUCGGCCUGUUCGAGCAGCGUCGUCUGCAGCGCUAGCGAAUCGUUGAGAUCGUCGAUCUUGCGCUGUUGGUCGUUGCCCUCGGUGAUCAUACUAGAAAGCUGACGCUCGAGAUCGACGAUCCGUUCUCGCUCGAUGCGGCCGACAUCCGACAUAUUCGAGGACUCGAAAGCGCUCAUCUUGGCCCGGUAGUACGCCGCCUCCUGCAUCGCACUGUCCCGCAAGCGCUCCGACUCUAAAAUGCGUUCAUGAGCGUCUUUCGUCUGCUUGGCGAGCGUCACCGCAAACUGAUUCCGAAGAUGUCUAAACCGCAUAAUCAUAUCCAUCCGCCUCUGCCGAUCCUGCUCCUCCGGCUCGCCCUCCGCACCCUCAUCCCCCAGCUCCUCCAUCUCGGGCACGUCCUCGUCCGCAGACACGAACCCCGCGCGACUCGCCUUGAGCAGCGCAGCGCGCAUCCACGCCUCCCGCUUCCGCAGACUCUCCACCUCCGCCUCCUUGGCCUUGUAGUCCCGGAUAAGAUCCGCCGUCGCGUUCCCCGACGACGCCAUCUUCCCGUGCCCGAACCCGUGCCCGGGGGCAGCAUGGCCAUUCGCGACGCCGACGCCGUUCAUCUGGUAAAACCCAUCUGGCGGCUGUUUACUCCGGUCCACAGGCGGCGAAGCGCUGCGUGCAGCAAGACUACCGCCGCUCACACUCAGCACGGCCGCCGCCAUAUUUUGCACACCACCAGAGCCGACCUCCCCGUUAGGCGAAACCCCACGGGUACCAUACGGGCUCCGUGCGCGCUCGCCGCUCUGUGGAAGACCGCUAACGACACCAGCGACAGGCUGCGAAGGCGCCUGCUGCUGCAACUGCAACUGCGGUGACACCGAACGCACCUCCGACCCAUACGGCGUCGGACUCUCGCUCGGAGGCAUCCCCUCGACCUGCUGCCUCGCCCCCUUACCCGCGCCCGUCGGCGAGCCAGACAACACCUGCUGCACAAUCCCAUUCGGCGGGCCGCGGCCCCCGCGCGCGCUCCCCGUCGGCGAAAUAGCGCGCCGCAGAUCAUCAGCGUCGGGGCCCUGCGGGCCUACGGGGGACGUCGCGCGGCUGCCCGGACUGAUGAUCGGGCCUCCGGCCUGCGCAGACGGCUUGCGCGCGGCGUGGCCCGACUUGUUCGGGUCGGGGUAUUUGAUGUAUUUGGUAUCCAACACAUGCACGAGUCCAGGAUCGUCCGUUGUCGUAGCCGUGAACGACUCGCCACCGAGGACGAACACUCUCGUGCCCAUGGACGCCAUCGCGUGCCCCGAGCGGCCCGACGGUGCAGGCCCCAUAUUUUGGAACAUGUACCAACGCUGAUUUGUGAGCUUGAACGCUGCCAGAUCGGACAAAUCCUUGCCGUCCACGCCGCGCCCUCCAAAGACAUACAUGACGUCGUCGACCAUCGACGCCGCGUGCCCUUCCCGGGGCGACGGAAUGAAGCCGAUACAGUUAAGCUCGGUCCAGGUGUUUGUAAUCGUGUCAAACGACCACGUGUCAUUGUAAUGAUACGAGCCGUCCGUGCCUCCGAACAGUAUAAUCCGGUCGCCAUAGGUGACACAAACGUGCCCCGUCCGCUGCGCCGGCAUAGGCGAGUUCGGCGCAACCUCGCUGUGCUCCCAGGCCGCCUGCGUCCGCAAAGUGUUGAGAUCGAACGACCAUAUAUCGUUGAGAAACUCGCCGUCGACCUGGCCGCCGAAGAUGUAAAACUUGGUGCCGACCAUGCACGCCGCGUGGCCGUACCGGCCCACAGGCGACGGGCCGACCGUGACGACCUUUGUCCACUCCCGGGUGACGAGAUUGAGCAAAUACAGCCCGUCGUCCUGCUUCUCCCCGGGCCCCGCCCGCCCAUCCGUCUUCGUAUCGCCUCCCCAAAUAAUCAACACGCUGCUCACCAGCGCCGCCGCAUGCCCCACGCGCGCGCUCGGAAUCUCGCCGGCCGUCUGGAUAAGCGUCGCAGACAGAUCCCGCGUCGAGAACAGGUACAGGUCGUUCCGCGCGGCGUCCCGGACGAGGCCGCCGAAAAGAUAGACGUCGCCGGUGGCCGUUGCGGUUGCCGGGAGGGCGUGGCCGUAUCGCGGGAACGGGGAGGGCGAGGACGCGUUUGGCGGGACAGUGCCCGACUUGACGACAGGCGGCGGAAGCAAGAGGCGGCGGGCGGACCAGGGAUAUUGCUGCUGGCGCUGCUGAGGUUGCUGAGGCUGGCCAGGUUGUUGUUGGACUUGCUGUUGUUGCUGUUGCUGUUGCUGCUGCUGGACCACCUGCGGGGGUGGCUGAGAUACUGCAGGCUGCAGCUGGGGCGGGGGCUGCUGUAUAGGCGGCUGCUGGAGCUGAGAGUGUGGCGGCGGACCUGUAGGAGGAGGUUGCAUGUGCCCGUUGGGACUCGCACCGCGAGGCUGCCCGCGCACGACGCUGCCAUUGGCAUGUUGGAGGUCAUUGUCUCUGCUGUCCUUGUUUUGGAGCUGGGCGAGGGCCUGGGAAGGAGUUUGUGCUACUGCGACAUUGGACUGGGAGAGCUGGUUGGCGGAGGGGUGCUUCUUCCUGGAGAAGAAGGACAUUCUUCUGGGGCGAGAGCUGUUCCCGAGAAAGGACGGUAUCGUGGUCGUCUAACGGGUGGUUUAAGCGGCGAAUUAAUAUUAUCUAGAGAACCAGUGGG